AAACUUCAUUCUCAGAUUAUGAAUUUUGGAUCCUAAGCAUGAAUUUCGUAGCGUUUUAUAAUAAAGUUACUCUGGUGGACUGCCGUUGUAGAAACUCCACGUACACUGCAAAUAAUGUACAGCGAACUUCACUUUAUGGUAUACCUCGAGGAUAUAGAGUGUCGAAAACGAUGCGGCCUCAGUUCUUCUAUGUUUUGAGGAAGAAGAUACGAAGUUCUACGUGGUGGAGGAUUAAAGCCACUUUUCUAGAGAAGACGGAGGAAUUGGAAAACUGGUUGUUUGAUAAUGGAGUUCCGAGUAUCAAAGGAAAGCCAGUAUUAAGUCCUCACAACUGUCGAACUUUUCGUGCAAAGAUUCCUCUGAAGUUGGGUGAAGAAGUUCUUGCUAUUCCGGAAAGGUUUUGGCUCACCAAGCAGUUGUCAGAGAAACUUUUGGGCUUUCACGUUUCGGAUUUGAGCGAUGAGGAAGCAAUUGCUGCUUUGCUGUUAGUGGAAACUGCUAGAAAAGAAACUUCCUUUUGGAAACCUUGGAUAGAGACUCUUCCUAGUUCGGAUGAACUGCACCACUUUCUUGUGUGGUCGACAGCUGAGACACAAUACUUGGAGUCUAGUUCAACUUUUGAAGAUAUUCUUUCUCUUCGAGAAACUGCGUCGCUUGUUUUUGAAGAGUUAAAUACGGAACUAUUCCCAAAGUUUUUGUAUCCUCAGUACGACGUUAAGUAUUUUACUCUGCCAUAUUUUACGUGGGCUUUGAGUAUUGUGCAAUCCUUUGGAUUGUAUGAUAUUAUGGAUUCUUGUCCCCUCGUUAUAGUGCCUGGUCUUGAGUGGUUGACUUACAAAUACAGUUUGAUUACGGAGGAGAGCUUUUUCCGUCAGUAUUUCCAUAUUAGCAAUGUCAGUUUAAUACGGGUUGGGCCUUUUUUUACGCAGGAGCGUCGCUUAAAGAUUACGGCUUCGGAAGACUUGAAAGUUGGUGAACCGGUUUCUCUUGUAUAUGAAGGAAAUGUUAGUCUUAUAGAUACCUUUUGUCGAUGGGGUUGGAAGUUGGAUUUGGGAGCUUUGGAUGAGGAGCAGUUGUUAAAGAUGGGGUCUUAUGAAAUAUCUUUUGCAGUUACUACAACAGAUCAAUUUUUUGAUGACAAAGAGGACAUUUUAGAUGCUCAAAGACUAGAGUUACUUCAAACUUUUGAGUUAAGAUAUGAUAUGAGCAAAGAAUUGUUGCAGCGAAUUUUGCCAUUUCUGCGUUUGAUUUGUUUGAAAGACAAAGAUUCAUUUAUUUUAGAAUCUGUUUUUCGUUCCGAAGUUUGGUCACAUCUUCAGCUACCAUUUAGUUACAAUAAUGAGAAAGCAGUCUGCGAGUUAGUUAUCCAGACUUGUGAAGAGUCCUUAGAAAGGUGGCAUCCAGUUUCCUUGGAAAUUAUUGAAAGAGGUAUGAAAGACUCUCCUGAAAUCCGAAAGAAAAUGGUUUCGAUAAUAAAAUGGAUGGAAGAAGCUGUUUUGAAAAGAACAAUAGAAUACUUCGAACGUUACCUUGCUGGUUUGGAACAGAUUGAAUACUAUCAGGAGCGUCGCUUGCGUCAACUUGACCUUUUGAGGCCUUUGGAUAGUUCUGAAAGAGUGGGGCAGCCACCAUCCGAAGGAAAUGCCGCAGAGAGACCUUUUGAUCAAUAUUACCUCUAGCCCUUUCAUUGUGUCUUGUCAGUAUUAAGCGUUGAAAAUGGUUGUUGGAUACUAUACUUUAGAAGUUAUUCAGUCUUUAGAAAAGUCCUCAAUAAGUGGCUCGUUGUACAAUAAAUGCUAAAAAGGCUCA